AUGCCGCAUCACUCGCGCGAACGAGAGCGGGGUGAAUACCGCUCUCGAGACCGUGAUCGGAGACAAUACCACUACGAGCAAGCAAAUACGCACGAUCGACACGAAUAUACCUCUCAUACCUACGAUGACUACGGGAAUGAUAUCCUAGAUAGUGACGAUGGCGAUGACGAUGCUGUCUUCAACGAUCGAAGACGGAGCCGACAUUCCCGUCGAAAUUCCUCCUCCCACCCGCAAGCUCGGCCCUCACCAGCUCGUCGAACGCAACUGAACCCAUCGCAUCGUCCACAGCAGCCUCAACAACGCACGCGUCGCCAGGGCCGUAGCUACGAUUCCGACGACGACGAUGGUGAUGAUUCAGAAUCAGCAGUCAUAGUCGUCGACUCGCGACCGAACGUUUCGCGCCCCGCCCAUGUCAGACCCAGCCCCGUCCGCGUCGAGAGGCGGCGGAGCAGAAGUCGAACGGUCGAGAAUACACACAAUACGGGAAUCAGGGAUUCGAGAUAUAAAUCUAAAGAAUCGCCUGCUACAUCACCCAUUAAGAAGAGAGAUCGCGAGCGGGAUCGCGAGGGGAGGCGGCGAAGGGAUAGUAUGGCUGAUGAGGAAAGCCCGAGGAAGGGUCGCCUGAGGGAUCGAAGGCGCAAGGGUUUAAACGAUGAUGACGAGGAGCAUGAUGUUCGCGGUGGAUUUGGUACAGACCGAGAGCGAGAUAAGAGGAGGAGGAAGGAAAAAGAGAAAUAUCUUCCAAGAGAAAGUGGCGCGUGGAAUAAGCAAAGUAAGCAUGCCAGUACUGAUUCUGCGAAUAGCGCGACACAGCUGCUCAGCGUGGAUGCGUUGGCAAAGUUGAACGCGGUGCAAAUGAAAGCUGAGGCUGUGGAGAAGGCCAAGGCUGCGAAGGAUGAGAAAGCUUUACUGGAGAAGGAGAGGAAGAGGAGAAAGAGAGAGGAGGCUAGGGAGAAGGAGAGACGUAUUCCCGUUCAAAAGGGUGCCAAGAAUAAGGGAUGGGCGGGGAGGAGGUUGGUUUCUGGUGCUUUUCUAGAGGAAGGGAGGAGUCCAGAGUUGAAGACAAGAGGAGGCGGCGGGUGGGGAGUUUGGAAGGAUGAGAAAGGAAGAAAAGGGGCCUCAGGCGGAGGCGGAGGAGAUGAUGAUAAGGGAGGAGGAUGGUUUGCCAGUUGGAGCAAGAAGAAAAAGUUAUACGUCACUGCUGGAGUGCUGGCACUACUACUAAUCAUUAUCAUCCCCGUUGCCGCUGUGCUGUCGAAGAACAAGAAAGGUGACCAAGGCGCCAGUGGUGACUCUGGGGAUGGUCCGAGUGAUCCAGCAUCCCAAGGACCACCGCCAAGAACGGAGUUGGGGAACUUUGACCCAAAUACUCUCCCGGAGAGCGCGAAGAAAACAUACUUUGACCCCCGUACUUGGUAUGACACAGCGGACAUGAAUGUCACAUACACUGAUGAAACAGUUGGCGGCCUCCCUAUCAUGGGGCUGAACUCAACGUGGGACGACUCCGCCCAAGCAAACAAGAAUGUCCCUCCACUGAACAAGAAGUUCCCGUACGGCAAACAGCCGAUCAGGGGCGUCAACGUAGGCGGCUGGCUCUCUCUAGAGCCCUUCAUCACCCCCUCUUUUUUCAGCAGUUAUAAUUUCCGAGACAACGUCGUUGACGAAUACACACUCAGUAAAAAGCUUGCGCCCAAUGCGGCUCAGUAUAUAGAAAAGCACUACGCAACCUUCAUAAAUGAACAGUCAUUUCGGGAGAUCCGAGAUGCUGGACUCGAUCAUGUACGCAUCCCCUACUCCUACUGGCUCGUCAAAACCUACGAUGACGAUCCUUACGUCGAAAGGAUUGGCUGGCGCUACCUUCUCCGGGCUAUUGAGUACUGUAGGAAGUACGGACUGCGCGUCAACCUUGAUCUGCAUGGUGUUCAAGGCAGUCAGAACGGGUGGAACCACAGCGGCCGUCAGGGCUCAAUCGGUUGGCUCGAAGGCGAUGACGGGACCAAGAACGGCGACCGUUCGCUCGAAACCCACAAACAGUUGGCUACAUUCUUCGCGCAGGAACGGUAUAAAAAUGUGGUUACCAUAUAUGGUCUCGCGAACGAGCCGAUGAUGCUAAAGCUUGAUAUUGAAGCUGUUAUUAAUUGGAAUACAAAGGCUAUUUCAAUAAUUAGGGAGAGCGGUUUGAAAGAUGCGAAGAUUGCGUUUGGAGAUGGGUUUCUCAAUCUAGAGAAGUGGAAAACGAUAAUGCAGGAUGUAGAUGAUAAUCUACUGCUGGAUACGCAUCAGUAUACAGUUUUCAAUACGGGUCAGGUUGGGCUACCACAUCGCAAGAAGUUGGAUUUUGUGUGUGAAGCUUGGGUCAAUCUGAUUACAAAAUCGAACACAAAGGGUACCGGCUGGGGGCCCACAAUCUGCGGAGAAUGGUCCCAAGCUGAUACCGAUUGCGCCAAAUAUCUCAACAACGUCAAUGUCGGCAGUCGUUGGCUCGGUACCAUGGACAAUCCGCAAGCUAAAGACCAAGUCUUGCAGGCGCAUUGUCCAACGCAGUGGCCGCAAGGUGAUCCCGCUGCCAACGGCCCGCCCUGUUCCUGUGACCAAGCCAAUGCAGACCCGUCCCAUUAUUCUGACUCAUAUAAAAAAUAUUUGCAGAUGUAUGCUGAAGCGCAGAUGUAUGCGUUUGAGAAGGGGUACGGGUGGUUUUAUUGGACAUGGCAGACGGAGUCUGCGGCUCAGUGGAGCUAUAAGAAGGGACUCGACGCGGGGAUUCUACCGAAAAAGGCAUACGAGCCGGAGUUUAAGUGUGAGAACGACAAGCUAGGAUCCUUUGGAGAUCUGGAGGAGUAUUAUUGA